CGCUGUCCAUAGGCUGAUUGGCUGGCUGCCAUGUCACACCGAAAGAGAAUAGAGGGAUCGGGAGAGGGCUGCCUCCGUGGCCGGCUCGCCGGCACACACGACCCACAAAGUCACACACAGACACACACACACACACACACACACAUGCCUAUAUGCUCGACCCUCCUUCUUCUUCGUGUGGCUCGUCUGGCUGUUGUCGCAUCCAUGGAGAGCACGCGAAUGUAUGUGUGUUUGGGUGGCUGCUGGACGGCUGGCUGCGAGUGUUUCAAGAGAGAGGGGAGGGCAAACGGACCAGAUACGUUGCCAAGUGAAUUCAUUCGUUCACCAACUCGGUCGCAUUGCAAUGAGGUCUCUCGCUCACACACAGACACACGCAGGAACGGAAUAAAUAGAGGAAGCACACGCAGCAUCAGACAGGGUCUCUCACACAUGUGUCGCUCUAUUCGGCGACUGACCGCGACAGGAAGGGAAAAAAGGCCCCUUCUGCUGCCCUCUGUCGUCACACCACACACCGGGCACAGACACACAGACACACAGACAUACAGACAUACAUACAGACACACACGCAUACAAGCAUACAAAAGAAAGAGGCUGUGAGUGUCCGACCGGCUGACAGAUAAACCACCCAAGCCACGCACAGAGCACUCACUCACCCACUCACGACAAGCAGACAGACAGACAGACAGACAGACAACGCCAAGACUCUGUGUGCCUGCUCAACGUUGCACAAUGCACCACACACCACCUUGCUCAAAACCGACAGGCAAACAUUCAGCCAGGCGACGAGAGAGGAGCCCCCGGCCGCACACAUGAGUGUGUGACACACACAGCCGCCCCCCAUGUGUGUGUGUGGUUGCUCUCCCCUACUCUAUGCUGAUCAAACGCAGCUCAAUGUAGGGGCCAUAUCCUCCUGGCGCUAUGAUUUGCCUGACCUCCCCCUCCCGCAUCGACAGCACCGCCUCACGCUCACACUCAUACAGAUCAGACACACGAUACACCUCCCCACGGAUAUCGGCCCAUUUCUCCCGGCCGUCGAAUGCAUCAAACCACGAGAUGAGGUCGACCUUGACGGGGUCCUCGGGUGUCGGCACUCUGCCGGCGCCCUCCUGCACCACUCGAUGGCGGGCGCCAGAUGGGUAGCGAAUGAGGCCAUUGCCGUUGCUGUUGGCGGCUGACGACGAGCCCUCUUGCCGCUGACGCAGGGUGGCGCCGCCGCCACUGACCACACCCACACUGACCGACACACACACACACACACACACAAGCACGAUAAGAGCCCAUUGUUUGUCGGUGAAGUGUCCUCUUACUUCUCAUGCGGCAGGACGCCCUUGGGCAGCAGUGAUCUGCGCCCGUUUCUGUCCUUGGUGUAGAAGUUGACGCUCGUGCGGCAGAUCUCGAGUGGCAGAUAGAUGCGCUCUCUGGGACGGUCGGGCACCAACGCGUUGAGCUCGUAGAAAUACUCCCCCGGACGGGAGGCGUCGUCCAACACAUUGCGGCUGAACUCCAGCAGCCCGACGUCAACCACGUCACUCAUGACUGAUGGCUGCACACAUGCGCACACAUCAGAGAGUCACAGAUCUGUCUGCACUGUGUUUCUUGUACUGCUGUUUCGUACCAGUGCACUGAUGGGCCACUCGAGCUCCCUUCCUGUGAUCCUCUUUGCGAGCUCAACAU